CGGUAAGCUGCACUUUGGGCAAAGCCAUGUUCCUGUGCAUGGUCUUCAUGUCCUUCCUCGGAUGCACCCUGUCUGUGGUGGUGUGGCUGAAGAGGAAACACAAGGGAAAGAGGAACCCACUGCAAAGAGGCUGCGUGGCUCAAGGAAAACACCCCAAUGUGAGCUUAUGUUGGUUCCAACUGGUGAGUCACCGUAGCGGCAUGCCGCACACGGAGAAAGUACACCGCAACAAUGAAGAAUUUGGAACUUGCAACCCUUCCUUCAGCUUACUAGACAACCCCGUCAUCAACACCCACCAAGACCUGCCCUCAUACCGGGGACCCGCUCCGCCCAGGAAGGACGUUGCACCCGACGCCGGCUUCACCCCCACUGGCACCGCGACCAGCCCCGUGGUUGUCACUGAUGGCGAUUCUACACCAAUCAAAUGCUCCUCCUGGUCACCCGCCUUUCACCCGGCCCCCGUGGACGUGACCCUCACGCGCAUGGCUCCACCCAAAGAAAAGUCUUCCGACGCACCGCCCGACGUCAGCCCCGGCCCCGCAACCCCCGACGCCACCAGCACGCCACCCGAUUCACGAACCACAGAAACAACCAGCGAGGAGGAGACUGGCGACGCUGACGCCAGCCCCUCCUCCGAAUGCAGUGUUCCAUGCAGCCACACCCGAAUCGCUUCUGCGGAAAUAGACAAACCUUUCCGCAAGCUCCGCGUGAAGACGCCCCCGUAUUCCCCUUUGCUGUCCUCACUGCCUCCCACGCAGACGGGCACACCCCUGUCCACCCCCGAGCGUGCACCUCUAAAGGCCACGUUCGUGCAGAUAGAAACAUCUCCCCUCGAUACACCUCCCGUAACUCCACGGCCAUCGUCCAUGACUCCGAGCGCAGAGCCAAACCAACCCUCCACAUCCACGGACCCAAUAGAGGGGUCAGGACGCCCCAGCGGAGCUUCAGACGCCGGCGGUCCGUCUCAGGACCGGAGGCCAUCGACAAACGUGGGAAACAGGCUGGUCAUCCGCCAGCCGGGGGAGGUCGAUGAUGCUGAUGAUGAUGGUUUCCUGGGAGAUAAAGAUGCAGACAAGAACAAUGAGGAUGAGGAUAGCGAUGAGUUGGACCCAGACGACGAAGAGCUGCUGAUAGUGAUGGCUCGAUGUAAUCCCAUUUUCAUCACAUUUAGGAAGUGAUGCCAUGAUGUGUUUUCAUUCAACCUGUUGAAGCGUAGCGUAGCUAAUCAUUAACAAACAAAGCUCCACCUUACAGAUGAACUGCAAAAGAACUAACAAAAUGAUGAAUAUUUCAAGUAGAAUUUGCUCAUAAUAAAGCCUUUGGAUUUUCUGUCAUGCUAGCUACUAGUUCAUUACUUUGCGUGUAGCUGAGAAACGUUAAGAAGUAAUUCAGUGUAAACUCUAAAGCACACAAAGAAAAGAAUAUCUACUUCUCCAAUGUGUUACACCUAUGCUUCAUGCUAAGACUAAGGCUAAGCUCAAGCUUGGCUUGUUGGCAUCAAUGAACCUCAGAGCAUGCAUGUUUUAAACGCUGCGACAUGACAGCAACAACACCUCAAGUCUCUGGGCUUUGGAUUCUGGACUGUACGGUUAACAUGAGCUGUCCAAAACAAUCACCACACAUCAUUAACAUGAGUUACAGGAUGUUUCAACCUAAAUAACCCAUACGGCUAAACCAUUCACCAAGGGUCUCGUGUUGUGCAAUGACUUUUGACUUCAACCCCUACUUAGAUAUUGGUGGGUGCAUGCAGAGUGCGGCGUACCUGGUGACAAUACUUGCUUUCUUGGGGGUACUUUGGGGGCUUAAUUGAAUUGUGGAUCACAGCAAUAAAUAUGCAUUCAAUUUAAAUUUCCCAAUUGUUACGAAUGAAUGUUGGCAUAAAUGAAAGUCGGGUAACGUUGUUUAUAUUACAUUUUAAUUUUUUGAAUUUGAGAAACAAUUUGAAAUGUUACUCAAAUAAAACAUACACAUGUGGGCAACCGUUA